CACGCAUCGAUAGAAUACCAUGGCCAAGCGUCAUGUCAGAUCCAAGGAUACAAGACAGCUGGGCACCCUCCGAUCGGUAUGACGAGCGACCAAGCACGUCAUAUCGGCAGCCCUCGCCACCAGUCCCGCGAGACGACCGGUCACGAGGGGAGGCACGUACAUCUCGUGGGGACCGCUACACAGAUGAUCCGGAGCCUGGGCAAAUCACUGAUUUCACAACAUGGGGCGAGAGACAGCGACAAGCGAACGCCGCCCGCCCUGGUCUGCCCCAGAAGCCUCCUCCUUCGUAUCGCGAUCCUCGACCCAGAUCACCGUCGCCGCCUCUAAGACCCAGUGACCGAGAGAGAUCAAGGAGAACUCCUCCUAUAUCUCACGGCAGACGAUCGCCAAAUCCGUCGUACAAUCGCUCCCGAGAUGUUAGGUCGAGAUCACCUCCUUCGCGCCACGAUGACAGGCGCGAAGACAAGGGGAAAGGCAAGGCGACCUCGUCUUUCGAUGCCAUGAGCAAAUUCACAUUGACCAUGCAGUCGACGCUCUUGUCGACAACUGCACACUUUCUUGCCCGUGAGAGAGCUUCUCGACUUGAGUCUUUCCCCAGUGUCAGCGCCAAUCAUCCAUCUCUGGUGGACGCUCGAGAAAAGCUGGUUGAAGCCGAAGAUCAAUUGUGGUCUCAGAAGGUCCAACUACAGCAAGCCUUUGCCGAACUCCUGAGGCAGACGGCCGAGAAGGGUGCUGCCACACUAGAUCUUGAUGAAAUAAGAGCAAGGCUGGAGAGACUAGAGAAUCGCCAGGGUCAACCGCUGCCGCCGCCCGUCAGCGCUCCACCUGAUCCGCCACCGACGCCCGCUGGUCCGACGCAGGAUGUAGAAAUGGGUGAUGCGUCUGAGCGCAGGGCUAGUGCGCCAGUCAAGCUCAAAGAUGCGGUCAAGGACAUUAUGAAGCGACUCUCAGCGGUGGAGUCUGCAAAAUUGGACAUGGACGAGAAGUGCCAGGACCUUGAAGAAUUGAUCUGGUCCCAAGCAGAGGAACGGGUCGAAGAAAGGAUGAGCUGGGGUCGUCUGGAGCGCUCUCGAAUUUCUCAGCGGAAAAGGAGACGACCAGAGUCUGACGCGGAGGAGCAGGCAACUCCAGUAGUGGAGGGAUCUCAGGUGACAGCUGAGGAACCACCCGUGUCAUUGGCGGCGAAGCUUCCGUCAACGAUUGGAGCGAGUAACGAGCUCGACACGAACACCGUGACGCGAAUCGCCCAGCUGGAAGUUCAAGUCAAGGCGUUGAUGGAAACGGUGGUGUUACUCAAGCAGGGGAACCCUGCACGAGAUAGAGCGAUCGUCCAGGCUGCGAUUCAAGGGAUGCGGGCGGAAUACACGGAUACGGUCAGGAAGGAACUCCAAAAGGUCGCUCAGAGCUAUGAGAAGCGUAACGCCGUACCGGUAAAGGCCAAUGCUCCAGGACAGGCAAAUGGUUAUGCCAAUGGAUCCUUACAAGGGGGUCUACCGCCAGCCGGUUUGACGAGCCCACUGCAGAUCCCGCAAGGCUCGCCUCAACCGCCGCAGAAUGCGUUGCUAAAUACAGGCAACUUUCAGCCAUCGUUCGGACAAGCUAUUCAGAACGUACAUCCCGCUACCAACACCACUAGCAGCCUAUCUCCCCACCUCUCUCCUGUGAUGCCUCCCACUUCUGUACCAAUACAAUACCCCACCAUCAAUCCUUAUGGUCCUUCGGGACAGUCAAACGGUACAGUGGGACAGAGUCUGAUAGAGCGUCGCCUAUCGAAUGCGGAUAGGGCAGCAGCGUUCGCCACCCAGCAUCAACUCGAUCAAGCUCGAGACUUGGCUCGAAACACCACACAUGGUGCGAAUCAGCCGACCCUCACCAACCCAUCCGGUGCCAAUGCCCUGUAUAGAACCUUGACUCAGACGCCUCAAGGCACGUGGACAUUGAACACAAGCACGCCUGGCGAGGUCUCUGGCGGUACAUGGACUCCGCAGCAGCCACCCCGAUAGUAGGGAAUGUGCCACAUUACAUGUAUCCCAUUUGUUGUAUCCAAAAAGUGCCACAUGUAUGGUCGGAAGUUGACGAAAUUCCGAAAUAUAACGCCG